CUAGUUUACGGCGUUACUCUGGGAAACGUAACUGCAGGGGCCCGGCAGGACACACACACACACACACCGCCCAGUGCAGCGCUCAGCCCGGACAGGGAGCACGCUUUGCCCCGCAGUGGAGGGUGCACAUCCGGGGGCUGGGGGGCCUUGGGUGGAGCUCCUGUCCCAUCUGGGGAAUGUGACACACGGACGAGAGAGACACCGGAGUCGGCGCUUUCCCCGCGGAGACCUGCGGAUCCGGUGGUACGGAGACAAAAGGAGGAACAAGUUGUGCAGCAAAGUGCAAAGAGGCUAAAAUUGCCCUUAUACCCUGAAUCUUAACUUUGGACCACACCCGCCCUGAGAAUGGCACACCGGUCUCAAUGUUCAUCGAUUGGGGAUAAUCCUCUCGACCCAAACUACCUGCCGCCUCACUAUCGCGAGGAGUACCGUCUAGGUGUUGAUGCUCUCAUAGAAAAUGACAUACAGGGCUACCAUGAGUUCCUCCAGGCGGCAGAUAUUGUGGGUUUCCUUUCCCUGCCGGAAAUUGAAUAUAUCAGGUCCAAAUGCCAAGGGCCGACCCGGAGCUCCAACGUCCCGGAGCUGAUGUAUCAUGAGGGAGGUCAGGACGUGGAAGGUUCCUCCGACACCUACUGGCCUUUGCAGUCUGACAUGGCUGCACCGGGGCUGGACCUGGGAUGGCCUAUAUCACAACCCGGCUUCAUUGGGCCCACAGAGGUCACCACCCUGGUGAACCCCUCGGAUCCGGACAUGCCAAGUAUCAAAGAGCAGGCUCGGCGACUGAUCAAGAAUGCACGCCAAGUUGUUGCUGUGGUGAUGGACGUGUUUACAGAUGUUGACCUCUUCGCUGACCUCUUGGAUGCGACAGCACGCAACGUUCCUGUUUACAUCUUACUGGACGAAGAGAAUGCUCAUCACUUUGUCUCCAUGAUCAUUAAUGGAAAAGUCAAUUUGGACUCAAUUCCUAUGAUGCGUGUCAGGACUGUGCCAGGAAUAACGUACCAAUCGCGGACGGGGAAAUCCUUUAAAGGACAGGUGAAAGAUCGUUUCCUGUUGUCCGACUGCAGAGCUGUCCUCAGUGGGAACUACAGCUUUACGUGGUCCUAUGAGAAGAUCCACCGCUGCAUCGCUCACCUCUUCCUUGGGGAGCUGGUCAACACUUUCGAUGAGGAGUUUCGUAUUCUCUUUGCUCAGUCGGAGCCUCUGGUCGUUGACCCUUCCAGUGAAGCCCAUGCUGUCCCAAACCCCAACUCCAGCAUGUAUUACAGCAGCCAGAUUGGUUUGAAGAGAACACAGUCUUUGCGUAACCCCAUCGGGAUUCACUCAGCCCUCCCCUACGGAGACUCUGAUCAUAACCCUGCGCUUGGUUUCCGGAGGAAUGACCCCUUUCGUCACACCAUUGAACCUGGCCCAGGAAUUACGAUAGGGAAGUAUUCUCAACAGCAGUUUCGUAUGCAGCAGUCGUACAUAGAGCAGGGAAGGUCCAUAGUGUCCAGACAGAUGGAGUUGAGUUCCAGUGGCUAUAAGAGGCACAGCUAUGCAGAAGGAACCCAGGAAAACUACUCAAGUUCAAGGCAAUUCAUGAAGCACAGAGUCAUGAACAAUCUGGAUGAAACAGAGAUGCACAGGGAGCAGAUUCAAAGUAGCCAGUACUACACUGAAGGACCUGGACCGGGUUCUGGCCACGGACACUACGAGAGACUUCGAGGCCGUCAGUCCCCCCUCGCUAUUGAUCAGUAUUCAAACUCAAGCUAUCGUUCAGAUCAGGAGCCUCCACCUGGAAAACAUGGGACAAACUACUUUUCAUCUGAAGACCUGAGAGGACCGGAGGAGAUGCAGGCCCCUCCGUUAGCUGGAAGAUACGGAGGAUCUUACCAGAGGAGGCCCACGUUAGGUCAGUCGUACGCCUGCCAGAGCUCACCGACGCAGCCACACCCACCAGAAAAGAAAUCGUUUUACAAACAACCUGACCAAGAGCAUGAUCAAGACUCGACUGCAAAGGAGGGCAUGAGGAACUGGAGAAUCCACUCCUAUCUAAACACUUGUGAGGAUGCUGGAGAAGAAGGCUUACGUCAACCGUUGGGGCCUGAUGCCUUUGAUGAGCCUCCAACUUCACAGCAACUAACUGCAGCUGAAAGUUCAGCUCCACAUUUUAGAUUAAAGGAACCACCAACUAUUACUUCCAAGCCGAGACCAGAUAUCCUGGCCCCACGCUUUGGGAAACCCAAAUUACCAGAGACAACCAACAAAGACUCUACCCUAACAAGGACGAGAGGCCUGCUUUCAUCUCUCGGUAAAAAUGAGUUGGAGAAGGAAAAGGAAAGAGAGACGGACAGGAGUGGAGUGAGGGAGGACGGUGAAGCUGCAGAGGGGAAAGGGGAUGUCCUAAUCUCCAGACAUGAGUCAAUCCGCUCACGUAUUAACCCAAUGCUUCAGCGGAGCUCUCGUUUGCGUUCCUCGCUUAUAUUCUCAUCUUCAAAGGGAGAGAUGCACAGUGGCAGCUUAGGUCUGACACCAGCGACGGAGGAAGAUGAGGAGUUAGAUGCUGUACGCACUUCCUCCAUAGUGACCCAGAUCCUGGAAAAGAAGAAGGCUCGUGAAGCUUUCCAGUGGCGCAAGAAGGCUGAUGAAAAAGAAGAGAAAGAGAAAGAAAAAGAGAAAAGGAAAGAUGUGAAAGAAGAGCAGCAACAGGAAAAGCAGAUGCAUUUGACAGAUGAGAUUAAAUCAAAAGAGGAAGCCCUGAGUAUAAACAAAGAAGACAAGACAAAACAAAGUGUCGAGAAAUCUGACGUCACAACGGCAACGAACAUGAAUGACCCAGCGAGUCGACUGCUUUAUUUUAAAGAGCUGGCUGCAAAGAGAAAAGCGUCAAAGAUGGAGAUGGAGUCAUUGCUAAAAGUCCCAGAGCCUGCUGAGAAAAAGCCCGAUCUGUCUGACACGCCUCCGCUCAAGCCUACAGCUACACAGACGGCCCCAGAUGUAACUGUUAGUUCCACAGAAUCUAAACCAAAGAAACUUGACAUCGCUGCAAAACUUGGAGAGCUCACUCGCCGACCUUCAGUAAGUUCAUCCAAACCACCAAUAAUCACCGCAAAGCCUUUUGUGAGUUCCCGGAAGCUUUCGGAGACCGAUAAAGAGGAGAGUGCGUCAGGGGAUCAAAAGAAAGAUAUCUUCAAGUCUCUGAAGGCUCUUCCUUCACCUAAGCUCUUCCGGAAGGACCAGCUGAAGUUUAAGGGAUUGACUUCUCGUCGCAUCUCCAGUGGUGAAGAAUUCCUGGUCACAGAUGCUACAGAUGCUGAGAAAAGUGAACUGAAAAAGAGCCGUUCUCAUAGUUCCUCAGCCAUGACACAUGAAGAAGCCAAAGAGGGAAGGAUGAAAGCUAUGGGAUCUAAUACAUCCAUCAACACUAUCGGUGAGGGGAAGGGGGAGGGGAAGACCCUUGACUUCCUAAAGAAGCAGACUCAGAGGUUAAAGGGAUUCUUGGGGCCCAAGGAUAAAGAAAAGAGAGGAGACUCAUCAUCUAGAGACCCAGUAACCGCUGAUCAACCCACGACCAAUCACAAAACAUCUGCUGGGACGUCAGGCUCAUCCAGGUACCAGUCUCCUGGAAGCUCCGUUUUGUUCAGCAGCAACUUAAGAGAUGACACAAAAGUAAUUCUGGAGCAAAUCUCUGCAAACAGUCAGAAGAACCGUCAGGAGCGAGAGGAAGCGGGAGGGGAUAAAGAUGGUGCCGCCACAGAAAAGGGACUGGACGUCAAAAACCGAUUCCUGCGACAGCGAGGCAACACCCUGGAGCGGGAGGGCUUACUGCAGAGGAUAGAGAGCCUGAGGAAGGAGAAGAAGGUCUACAGCCGUUUUGAGAUGGGGAAUAGCCUGGCAUAACGAGAGAUGGACCAGCGCCGUUUUAUACGGAAAGUAUUUAUGCAAGAUGAUCAAACACAUCGCCAACAUGUGCCAACGACACUCAAAGUACCUCUGGUGCCCAACAUGGUGGCCUUUUCUGGAUUUUCUGAAGAAGUACAAAAAUUGAAAAGAUGUUGAAAACAGUGAAAAGAGACUGAACUCUAGUUUGGAAUGUGCCUCUUUGCCAAGACUUGGUACUAGUUCUUCCUUAUAAGGUGGCUGAGGGAGACAAGAGUGAUCCCACUUGCACUCAUGGGCUAAUGUUCCACCAAACACAGGAAGGUGGGGCCAUCCUCUAAAACUGAACCUGUAUGAACAUGACGGAGGGACUUGGAGGAGGAAAAAAAAGCAAAGAGGGCGCAUGUCGCACCUAAAAAAAAAUAAAGAAAAUGACAGACAUGCUACUUAUAAAGGUAUAGCAGUAUUAAACUGCAGGUGUACAGUAGAGUAAAAGUGUGUUUCUGUGAAUGUGUGUGUGACGGGGACUAACUUGAAACUAAACGGGAGAAAGUGAUCUUGUAGUGUUCAUUAUGUGCCAAAGUUCUGUCGAGAAUAAAACCAAAGAUAAAUGAUUAAAUUUGUCCUAAAAACAAAGGACAACAUCAUCCAGAAGGAUGAAUGAAGAGAGGUUUGGUGGAUGACAAAGGGAUGAAGGAAAGGAAAGAAGGGAAAUCAAGACCAACUCUGUCAUAUGGAGAAACAAGUCUUUCACUGUUUUCUUUGUGUGUGAACGUGGGAAUAAAGGUAGUGUGUGGAUAAAGUGUCCAGGAGUAGUAGACCUUAUGUCUAAAGAAAGCGUAAUGUACAGUUACAUCAAAGGGUGGACCACUACUCAGGGCUGAAGACGACGUCAAAGAACCGUUCAGGGAGAGGACCUCAAAGGGCUUUCCUGGUCGCGGAGUUGAGUAACGUUAUGUGUCUUUGUUUCAUGUCAUGUAAAUAAAAUGCAAGUUAUCUACA